GUGCAGCGACUCCGCUCCCUGCUGCCCUCGGCCAAGGAGACCGCCGCGGUUUGCGACGCCGACGCGGGGGACAGCUCCGCGACCAGCGGCGGCAAGCCGCUGGGGCGCGGGGAGCGGCCUGUGCGGGUGCUGUGCCGCUUCCGCGGGCAGAGCGACGCCGAGCGCCAGCGCGGCGGGCGCGAG